AUGUUUAAGUGGUCUGGUUUAAUUCCACUGGUGGGGGUUCUGAUCAAAUGGUGUCUAAUAUUAUUGUCAAUUACAGAGAAAAUACAAUGGAGUUUUUUGGCCAACGCGAUGCCUGCUAUGUUGCAAAUUCUUGCAUACAACUGGUAUGGUGAACAAGUUAGACUAAAGGGCUCGGAGCUAACCACCGCUUUGCUGGAAUUCGAUUGGACAAGCAUGCGUAACAAAGAUAAAAAGAAUUACCUUAUAAUUAUCUGCUACAUGGAAAAACAAUUUAGCAUCAAAACAGCUUUGGGCAAUGAUCUGUCUUUAGUAACAAUAACUUCGAUCUUCAAAGCAAGUUACGAAGUCUUCACACUACUCAGGUCAACAUAA